AUAAGAGGUUGGUGCGCAAGCCGUGACUCGCUUGUUUGUUUACAGGUCUGUGGUCCUUCCGCGCCCGCCGCCACACAGGUCUUCCCGUCCCUCCUCGCCGCUCCGUGUUCAUCGCGUUGCAUCCAUCCACCAUGAAGGUCUUUAAGGACAUCAUCUCAGGCGAUGAGAUGUUCACCGACACUUACAAGAUGGAGGAGAUUGAGGAUGCCUUCUACAUGGUGAUCGGCAAAAACACGACAGUGACUGAGGGCAACAUUGAGCUCGCUGGCGCCAACCCAUCUGCCGAGGAGGCUGACGAGGGCACAGAAUCCAGCAGCGUCUCCGGCAUCGAUGUUGUCAUCUACAUGCGGCUGCAGGAGACUGGGUUUGGCGCCAAGAAGGACUACCUCACCUACAUGAAGAAUUACCUCAAGUCGUUGAAAGGCAAGCUUGAGGGAACACCCAAAGUCGAGAAGCUCCCAGCCAUCCAGAAACCCCUCACAGAGCUGCUCAAGAACUUCAAGGACCUACAGUUUUUCACCGGGGAGUCCAUGAACCCAGACGGCAUGGUGGUGCUUGGCGACUACAAAGAGAUCGACGGGGAGGAGCGGCCUGUGUUGUACUUCCCAAAAUACGGUCUAGAGGAGGAGAAACUAUGAGCCAAAUAUUUAUUAAUUCAUAGAUAUAAUUGUGUGCUUCAUUAAGGGCUGCUUUCACAGUUGUCUGGUACGCACCCUAACCAAAGGCUCUACCAUCCUGGUAGCAGCUGUUACCAUCGCCUCGAUCCACUUUCACAGUCGCUGUUUUCAUGGUAUCGGCGACUACCAGCAUGGUGACGGUCAUGACAAGAUGAAGGCUCGUGAUUCAGCAGUGUUGGUAUGCUGGAGCGGUGGGAAAUGUCAACAUUACAUCAGCUGAGCGGAGAAUUAUGAAGGAUAAAUGUGAAAAAUAAACGUACUAAAAAGUAAACGUGAAGAAUAAAUAUAAAAAAUAACUGUGAAGAAUAAAUAUGAUGAUAAAAUGUGGAGUGCCUCGUAAUACACCGCUCAAAUCUGCUGAUGUCCCAAUAUUUCCUAGGGAUAAUAGUUGAAAGUUUAUUUCAUAAUGGUGACAAGUAUUAAAGUUAUAUUAUUUGGCAGAUGUCAUCACGACAGACUCUUCAUCUAUAUAUAUUCAUUACAUUUGUUCAUUAUUCACACUUAUAAUUUAGCAGACCACAUUUGUUUUUUACAUAACAGGGCUGAUUUUGUUAUAUGUAUGCCCCAUGCACACAUGUGAGGCUAUCUAGAAUAAUACGAAAGUUUGACCAUAAAGGCAUAACAGGUGAAUUAUGGUGACAAGUGGGCCAUUAAAGUCCUCCCUUCUCCUUUAUCGUGUAUUCUGCAACAAUAAACAAUCAGUCAAUUAAAUUGAAAUUCUCAGCAGGACGUUUACUGGUCAGCAGGUUUAGUGUGUUCAUGUCAUUCAAAGUCUUCUAAUUUUUUUUUCAUUACCAUUGAAGCCCUGCAACGUGUUGCUGUAUUGUGUAAUAUUUUUUAACAUCCAUUUAAAGAAAUAAUGUAACCACUUGAGGGCAAGAAUUUGUAUUAUUUACUAAUUAAUGUCAUUGGUAAGCUCCAUUGGGGAGCCCCCCCCGUCCACCAGAAAUACAUUACCAGAGGUUCCAAUCUCUGGUACUGAUGCAAACAAACAGCGCCGCGAAAGAAAACUGUGAAAGCGGAUUUCUUGUUGGUAGCGGCGAUCACCGCUCAUUGGUAACGAUCAACACAAACAAACGUGACUGUGAAAGUGGCCCUAACUUUCCGCUAGGUUUUGAUGUGGAGUUUUUGGGGGAAUUUUUGCUAGCACUGAUUAUGGACUUUUUGCUAAUGCUGAUCAUUGAACUGUAUUGGGCUUUGCUAAUGCUGAUAAUGGCCUUGCUAGCAUGCUGAUUAUGACCUCUUUGCUGGCAUUGAUGAUGGACUUUUUGCCUAUGCUGAUGAAUGCUUAUGAAUUUCAAGACCAUCAGUGAAAACCCAGUGAAUGGAUGAGUGGCUUAUCUGGAUUGUUCUUUUGAUGCUGGUAUGCAGUCUCUCCUCUUGCUCACUCUCUCUCUCUCUGCCAGUGGAGUUAUGCCCAGGCAAUAAAUGUCAUCAAAACCUCUAUCCUGAAGGUCUUAUGUGUCACCUUCCCUGCUAGUGCCUCUCCUGCCAUGCCUCUGCUACAUAUACCAACACUAUUCUCAGCACAUUGUCACACGAUGGUCUCAUUGGUGGAUGGUGAAGCACGCCAUGAUGCCAGCCUUGCAUGCUCCUCCGCUCUGACACUCCCUCGCCUCACCCCCUCCCAACACACCCCUGUCUGCCUGCCUGCACGUUUAUUCUGACUAUUUAUUCAUUUAUUCUGGGUCCGGGAAAAAUAAAUAUAAAUACACUGGUCUCCCACUGCUGCUGCUACUUGGCGAGCUUAUAAAUUUGUUGGGAAUGCUUACGGAUGUAUAUAUUUUUUUUCAUCUAGUUGGUACAUGUGUGGGUUUCUUGUUUUGAACUUUAUUCCUUUUUUGUAUGCCACAGUUGCUUCCGUUCAGUCAUGCCUGUGCCUCACCGAAUGAUUGCAAGUGUGAAGUAAAGCCUGUUGCACUAAUUGACUACCAUUUGAAUACGUUUAUAACAUUUGGUUGGGGUUUGAAGUUGUACCUCAUUUGCAUUGAUUAUCUUCCAUGUCAGGAUGAAAGUAAAUGGCUACAGAUUGAUCAGUUUUUUUGUUAAAGUUAGCUGAUCUGUGAGUCUUGUUUGGUCAGGGUUUCCUUUGCCCCUCACUCUUUGAAAACUAAGUUACCAAAGAUCUGACAAGUGGUAAGAUGCACCACUUGUGUAGCUCCUAUGGGGAAAGUGUAAUAGGUCGAUGGUAGCUCUACUUUCCCUUCCUUGCUGAACAUGGUAACUCUCACCUUCUGGAGAUUAUUACCUUGUGGAUGCUAUCAAAGGGGAUUAGGAUGAGUAUUCACUUAAGAAGAUUGUAUCAAGACACCUCUCCACCCGAAAUUGACCUCUCUAUUGGCCACUCUUUACCUUUGUCUGUUGUGGGAGCGGUGAGUAGCUAGCUUUUUUAUCCACACUUUUUGUUGGCCUUGAGCUGUCUCCUUUGUUGUAAAAAAAAAAAAAAAAAAAAAGGUUGGUGUAGCAGUAACCCUGAAGGACAGUGGAAGAUUACUGAGCAGUCCUUUACGCUGCAGGAUGUGAUGUCCCUGGGAAAGGUCACAUUUUAGUUCAAAACAGGAAAUGAUGAAGAAAAGGCAAGACUACAUUGGUAUCGUUGGUGCUCGACGGAUUACAGUGGGAAGCCUCAGAGUGAUGCAUCUUACCACUUACAAGAUCUUUGGUCAUCAUCAGCAUUGCCUGAAGUCAUGAAAAUGUACUUACCUGGAUAUUUUCUUUCAGGCCCUAUAACACCAGGAUAACCAUUGGAUCAUCUGUUAAUCACUACAGUCACUGGAUUAUCGCCAAUAAAAUACUCCACCCA